GGUCCCCCUUCUGCGCUGGCCAUGGCGCGCUGCUGCUCCGCCUUCCGCGCGGCCGUGGGGCUGGCCAUCGCCGGCCUGCUCUGCCUGGGCUCCGGGGUCUUCCUGGUGGUCUCGCUGCCGGCCAUCCUGGAGGAGCAGGUGGUCAAGAAUGUGCGCCUUGAUCCCAGUGGCAUGGCAUUCAACUUGUGGAAAGACCUCCCGGUUCCAUUUUUCUUUUCAGUCUAUUUAUUUGAGGUGCUGAAUCCAAAGGAAGUUCUUCAAGGAGGAAAGCCGGUGGUGACCCAGCGUGGCCCUUAUGUAUACAGGGAGCACAGAGAGAAAACCAACAUAACUUUCCACGACAAUGAUACCAUCUCCUUCUUAGAGUAUCGGAGUUUCUACUUCCGGCCAGAGCUGUCAGUUGGGUUAGAAUCUGACUACGUUGUCAUACCAAAUAUCUUGGUGUCGGCUGCAGCGGUGAUGUUGGAGGACAUGCCGGCGGGUGCUCAGAUGCUUGUCAGCGCCACCUUUGCUGCCUUCGGACAGGGUGCUUUUGUGAACCGGACGGUGGGAGAAAUCUUGUGGGGUUAUGAUGAGCCGCUCAUCGACUUCCUGAACAGCAUCAAGCCUGGCUUACUUCCCUUCAAAGGGAAAUUUGGCUUGUUUGCUGAAUUCAAUAAUUCAAAUACAGGGCUGUUCACGGUGUACACAGGCAUGAAGAACAUCAGCAGAGUCCAUAUGAUAGAUUCUUGGAAUGGACUGAAAGAGGUGUCCUACUGGAACUCUGAUCAAUGCAACAUGAUCAAUGGGACAUCUGGACAGAUCUGGCCUCCAUUUAUGACCCCUUCCUCACCUGUGGAAUUGUACAGCCCUGAUGCCUGCAGGUCCAUUAAAUUAAACUACAGUAGAUCCGGAGACUUCAAGGGAAUACCAACGCUGCGUUACGUGGCUCCAAAGAACUUGUUUGACAAUGGUACAGACUAUCCUCCCAACGAAGGCUUCUGUCCAUGCCGCCAGUCUGGAAUCCAGAAUGUCAGCAGCUGUCGAUUAAAUGCACCAGUAUUCAUGUCCCACCCACACUUCCUGAAUGCUGACCCAGAACUGUUAGAGACAGUGGAUGGCUUGCAUCCCAAUGAAGAGAAGCACGGGCUUUUUGUGGAUCUGCACUCAUUGACUGGCAUUCCUAUGAAUUGCUCCAUCAAGUUGCAGCUGAAUCUUUUCAUGAAGAGAGUCCCCGGCAUCUGGCAAACAGGGUCAAUCAAGACAGUCGUGUUACCUCUCAUUUGGUUCUCAGAGAGCGGAGAGAUCGAAGGUGAUGUAUUCACAAUGUACCGUACCUUUAUGGUGACUAUCCCUGCGGUGCUGAACUAUGCUCAGUAUAUCCUGGUCGCCCUGGGAGGUUUACUGCUUGUGACUGCAACUCUUCUUGGGCUCAGGAGCAAGAUUUUAUAAUGGAAGGCCAAAACUCAGAGCCAGGCUGUACGAUCUGCAACAACUCCAUGGUGUGACUCUUGAUGGAUUUGCACCACCAACUGAGCUGGCAAUCUAAGGGGGUGGCAUGCUUUCAUUCCCAUUUCCAAUAUGGGAAGUAGAAUGGCAAGAAGAAGAAAAAGUCAUAUUUACACCCCCCCCACAAAAAACCUAGUUUUCUACAAGUUGGGAGGUUUCUUGUAUUUAACAUGGUGUGCAUUCAAGGAUGCUAUUUCCGCACCGGCUGCCGAAGGUGGUACAUUCCUUGAACAGCUGUCUGAUGUGAUUCUGUCACUCUUGAAGUUCAGCUGUAUAUUGAAAGCUUUGCUUUUAAAAAUGAAAUGAAUGGCAAAGAAACAGAAAGUACCGGUAGUUGUUGUGGAAGGCUUAGAGGGAGAUGUUUGAAAAGAACUUUAUUCGCUUUCCAACCAGGAAGCACAGACCCCGGAUACUGCUGAUUCCACCCAAAUACAUACCUUGUGACUAAACUAUAUAAUGACACUAGACAGGCAGUAAUGAGAUCUCAACUUUUUAGAGGCUGGAGAAGGGAGGUAUAGAACCACACAUUUCAGCCCAGAAUUCUGCAGUUGAAAUCUGCAGUAUUAAAAAAAAAUUAAAUUAAAUUAAAGGAAAUGCCUGAAGUCUUUAUCCUACCUAUCAGUUUUUAAUCCCUAUCUGCAUUGAAGUGAUUUGUCAAAAGGCUUGUGCACGCCAUGACUUGAAAAGGCAUUUCCAAGGAUCUUUUGACAAGACACUUCACUUCCUGGAUUUCGCACAUCAUGCACAUCCACACUUUUUUAAAGUGCGCGGGAGGGGGCAAAGUUUGAGUGACUUUGUUUAGAAUGUGACUUGGAAUUUUGUGCUGCACCAAAAUAGUUACCAAAUCAGUAGGGUGUCGUGGCUAUGAGUUUUCCCACUGGUGCCUUCUUCACUGGCAAUGUUUUAAGCAGGGGCAGAGAACCCAAUGUUUCCAAACCAUAACUCCCACCACCCCUGGUUAUUGGCAAUGCUUGCUGGGGCUGAAGGGGUUGGACUAGAUGACCCUCAGGACCCCAACUUUACAAUUCUAUUAUUCUAUGACUUCUGGAGGGCCACUGGCUCCCCACCCCUGAUUAAAGGUGCUCUGCAAAUCUCCUGGUCACCAUGCCAAGGUUGGUGGUGCUACAUUGUUAGCGUUGAAAGAUGGAUGACCAGUGAUGUGAGUUCUUGCUGCUAAAGGGUUAUAGGUGUGCGCUAGAUGUUCCAUCAGGUGCAUGGGACGAAGUGGACUCUGGGCAACCGUCAGUUUGUUUGGAAGGUGCUCCAGUGAUUUUGGCUGUGAGUUUUGAAGAUAACCCAAACAAGUAUGUUAACGGGCUAUUGGAGUAGGACAGCUUUCUCCAACCUGGUGCCCUCCAGAUGCCCCUUCCCUGACCUUUGGCCACGCUGGCUGGGGCUGAUGGUAGUUGCCAUCCAAAACAUUCCCACAUUGGGGAAGACCAAGAGAGGGGCUACUAAAUUAGCUGCUUGCGAUGGCGGACUGAGUAAUUUUACAACAAAUGGGAUUCCUAUUAGUAAGCAAGUAUAUUUUCUCACCCUGUGCUACAAGAAAUUAUUUUCCUGUUUUUGAAAACAGGAAAAACCUGUCCCUUCAAAAGCUUGCAAAUGUUCACAGCCAUGAGAGAAAUCAGUUACCAGUUGAGUUGAGUUCAGCAUUCCUAGGAUUUCCUUUUGGAAUCCUUUUCAUGUGUGGCAUUAAAAAUAAUUGCAAUCUCUAUUUGAGGUGACCAGGGGGUUGGGGAGCUAGUAGUAACAACAAACAACAACAACAACAACAACAUAUUUAUACCCCGCCCUCCCCGGCCAGAGCUGGGCUCAGGGCAGCUAACACCAGUAAAAUUACAGUAAAAACAUAAUGGGGGGGGGACCAAUUUAAAAUACAGGUUAAAGUGCGAUUUAAAAUGCAGCUUCAUUUUAAAAGUAGCCCCUAGUUAGAAAGGAAGUUGUUCUUGCCCCUCCCCCAUUCUUUGAAGCUGCCUGAAGGAGCCUCUCCUGUCUGCUCUGUGCCGCUUUGUAUAAUUGACUUACGUCUGUUCAGUUGCAAAUCCCUUUGUUGCAAAAUGUUGCAGGAGGCAAGCUUAAGCAACCUCUUCUGACACGACUCUUAAAACCAUUUAAAUUGAUAGCAUUGUAUCUACUAUUCAUUAGGUUUGCUUUGAAGUUGGUCAUGCUCCUCGGAAGUUGAAAAGUGUGUUAGAAUCACAGAAUCGAAAGGGACUCUGAGGGCCAUCUAGUCCACCCCUGCAACGCAGGAACCUUUUGGCCCAAUGUGGGGCUCAAACCCACGACCCCGAGAUUAAGAGCCUCAUGUUCUACCGACUGAAAUAAACUUCAGAACUGUAUUAAUUUAAUCUUACCCAGUUUUCACCAAUUUA